UUUGGUGGCACAUUCGUUCGAUGGCAACGGUUUGGAUAACAGGCGCGCGCUUUGUUUUAUUAUCCACAUUAUCAGCGGCAUUAUUGUUAUUAUUGGCCCUCAGCGCUUUACCGCUCGCCCACGCGUCCGCCCGUGAAUGCCGCGCGGAAAAGUCGCUUUCCACUAGAUUGGCGUCCAGAUUCGAGGAAAUCCAAAUCCGUCAGCGGACGCAUUCGCGCUCGUUCGGUCAGCACUAAGCACUACGGCUAAUAAUCGUUCAAAUCGUUAAAACCAUAAAAAUAAUAAUAAUAAUUGCAAUAACAAUAAACAUAGUAAUAAUCGUAACGCUUACGAGCCUUUGAUAGUGCCAAGGCAAGCGCUAACCAAGUAUUCAAAUUCAAAUUCGAAUUCAAUUAACAGCAAAGUGCAAUUGGCUAAAACCGAAACCAAAACGCAACAAAGUAUACGAACACUUGUGAAAUCGUACAAACAAUAGUGGAAAAAUAUUUAAGAUUAUUAAGAUUGAAAUCUCAAUAAACAUUAGUGCUUAAAUAAAGCUAAAACGUCACGUGGAGAGUGCAAUAAACAGAUAAACUUUUAAAAUAAAUGUUUACCAAACAGAAAAUAUUUUAUAAAUAUUUAAUUAUUUAAAAACAAAUUGGUUACUUCAAAAUAAAAAAAAUUCAAAUUGGUGCUAAAACAAACCAGACAAAUUUUCAUGAAAAUCAAACAAAUAAAAAGACACAUUUAUUUAUAAAAACCAAAACUAAACCAACAAAGACUUGGAGUGAAAAUAUAAAAUAAAUCUUUGAAAGGUCUAAAAAAAAAUUGUGUAAAUCCAAAGAAGGCAAAGCCACAUCACAGAAAACUGAGGAAACACUCAAAUAAAAUCCGCCAAAGUCGAAGAUCCCUGGAAAGCAAUUCCUGUGAAAUCGGUCAAGCCCCCAACGACUCUUAGCCCGUCUCAGACGGAGCACCGCCAAGAUUCUCACCGCCAGCAACGCAAUGAACUCGUACUUUGAGCAGGCCUCCGGCUUCUAUGGCCAUCCGCACCAGGCCACCGGAAUGGCGAUGGGCAGCGGUGGCCACCACGAUCAGACGGCCAGUGCAGCGGCGGCCGCGUACAGGGGAUUCCCCCUCUCGCUGGGCAUGAGUCCCUAUGCCAACCACCAUCUGCAGCGCACCACCCAGGACUCGCCCUACGAUGCCAGCAUCACGGCCGCCUGCAACAAGAUAUACGGCGAUGGCGCCGGAGCCUACAAACAGGACUGCCUGAACAUCAAGGCGGAUGCGGUGAAUGGCUACAAGGACAUUUGGAACACGGGCGGCUCGAAUGGCGGCGGUGGUGGCGGCGGAGGCGGUGGUGGUGGCGGGGCGGGCGGAACAGGUGGAGCCGGCAAUGCCAAUGGCGGCAAUGCGCCCAAUGCAAAUGGACAGAACAAUCCGGCGGGCGGCAUGCCCGUUAGACCCUCCGCCUGCACCCCCGAUUCCCGAGUGGGCGGCUAUUUGGACACGUCGGGCGGCAGUCCCGUUAGCCAUCGCGGCGGCAGUGCCGGCGGUAAUGUGAGUGUCAGCGGCGGCAACGGCAACGCCGGGGGCGUACAGAGCGGCGUGGGCGUGGCCGGAGCGGGCACAGCCUGGAAUGCCAAUUGCACCAUCUCGGGCGCCGCUGCCGCCCAAACGGCGGCCGCCAGCAGUUUACACCAGGCCAGCAAUCACACAUUCUACCCCUGGAUGGCUAUCGCAGGUGAGUGUCCUGAAGAUCCGACCAAAAGUAAGAUAAGAUCUGAUUUAACACAAUACGGCGGCAUAUCAACAGACAUGGGUAAGAGAUACUCAGAAUCUCUUGCGGGCUCACUUCUACCAGACUGGCUAGGUACAAAUGGACUGCGAAGACGCGGCCGACAGACAUACACCCGCUACCAGACGCUCGAGCUGGAGAAGGAGUUCCACACGAAUCACUAUCUGACCCGCAGACGGAGAAUCGAGAUGGCGCACGCGCUCUGCCUGACGGAGCGGCAGAUCAAGAUCUGGUUCCAGAACCGGCGGAUGAAGCUGAAGAAGGAGAUCCAGGCGAUCAAGGAGCUGAACGAGCAGGAGAAACAGGCGCAGGCCCAGAAGGCGGCGGCGGCAGCGGCUGCGGCGGCGGCGGUCCAAGGAGGACACUUGGAUCAGUAGAUCCUUAGAUCCUUAGAUCUGUAGGGAUUGGGCGGAAUGGCGCGGAGACAGAUACAAAGCAACUAUAUUGUAACAAAUGAACUAUUUACUUAAAUGAAUAAUAUUUAAAUAUUUUGAUGGUACUUGUGCGAAUACGAAUACGAAACUUAACCUAAAUCGAACCUAAUGGAAUUAUUUCAAGCGUUUGAGCAGCAACCGAAAAUACGUAAAUGAAACAAAACUACAAACUAAUUAACUAGGCUAAGUAAAUAAAAGUAGUGCAAAGAGCGCAGAUUAUAAACCUACUUAGAAUUAAAUGAGCAAAACAAACAAUUUUAAUUUAGUUCCAAACGACAUACUUCAAGAGGAUCGCUCGAAAUGAAAACCUCUGUCCUGCCCCUUUGUUGCUUACUGCUAUGUUUAAAUUAAUUUCGCGAAAAAUACUCAAAAAUCGAAACACAAAAAAAAGAUGAAAGUAUACCAUUACAAUGUUGAAUGCGAGCAAAAUUCUGUUGAUAUGAAUUUUUGGUUAAAAAAAAAAACAUGUUCUAAACCAAUUUAAGAUACGUAACAAAGGAUACAAAAA